CAGCCCUUACAUAUGGGAAGAUGCAUUCGGGCAAGCUUGAGAAAGCGGGCUCGCUGAGGAAACGGACGCUGUCCCGGGGGAUGAGCGAGGACGAGUCUCUGCGGCACAUUAUCAGAGACGCAGAAGAAUCGAGCAGACACCUGUCACGCAGCGAUAGCAGAUAUGGAUCAUUAAAACGAGGACAAAGACAAGAAAGCCAUAGUGAAGAUGAUCUACUUUCUGAAAACAUAGAAACUAUGGAGCUGAGAGCCGACUAUCAGGACUGUCUGCAGGAGGCUGUUCUGUUCCAGGUGGACUGUCUUCAGGACGCCCUCGAGGGCACGGAGGAGAUGCUCGCUGAGACCCAGAGACAGAAUCAUAAUCUCACCAUGGAGCUGCAGCGAGAAAGAGAGACGAGGAGGAAGUCGGAGGACAGGGUUGCCUCAUUAAAGCUGGAGCUGGAGAGGUUAAGAGAGGAAGGAAACAGUGAGCAGCUUCAGAGGAGGCAGGCAGGGCACGUCUGGGAGGGGACGUCAGUGGACCGGGACGGAAAGACGCUCGCACACAGUGAAGGCACCUCAGUGGAUCUGAACACAAGCCAGCUCUUACAGCUGAAGAAAGCGAGCAACCAAACGUUCGGUUUGUCAGCGUUUCUCAGUCAAGGUGCAGAGGAUAACGAUGAAAGCAGCGGCUAUGAAGAUGCUCCGUCUGAGUUCUCUCCCAGUCCUUCCACUCCAGACACGCAGCCCGACGCAGCUCUGCUGGAAAGUGAAGCUGAUGAAGAGUGUGCCGGGACGAAUGACUCCGAGCCCGGGAUCCCUAAAAGCGCAGGUUCUUGUGCUCUCUCUUAA